AUGGCCUCCUCAGAAUCGUCCUUCAACCCCAAUCUCAUACCAUUUGAUGACACAUACAUCCUAUAUGACUCGCAAGAUCCGCUUUCCUUUUUAAGCGCUUAUUUCUCCCUGAUCCCAAUCGCAGUACUGAUCUUUCAGCUAUCAUGGUUUAUCACUACUCGUGAAUUCGAGGCCUGUAUCAUGGCAGCUGGCCAGGUAGCCAACGAGAUCUUCAACAAUAUUGUCAAAGCGAUCGUGAAACAACCUCGUCCCAUGUCAUUUGGCGAAUCCUUCCAAAACGCAACCAUGCGGUCAGGCUACGGAAUGCCCAGCGCACAUUCACAAUUCAUGGGGUUCUUUUGCAUGUAUACUAGUCUACGUUACUGUCUCCGCUGGAAGGGACUCACUAGAAGAAAGAGAUUACUAGGUAUCAUGGUCGUUACUACUCUAGCAACCUGCGUAUGCUUUUCACGAGUGUAUCUACAAUAUCACACCCCAGGACAAGUACUUGUUGGUUUUGCAGUGGGCCUUUGUACGGGUUCCACUUACUUUUUAAUCGUGGGAUUGCUCAGAGAAUUGAAAGUGAUUGACUGGGUCCUUACAUGGAGAAUUGCUCAGUGGCUUUACGUCAAGGAUUCCUGUAACUUAGCACCAAUCACUAUAAGGGAAGAGUACAUUCAAUACCAACAACGGCUUGAAAAGAAAAGGAGGGUUUACUAG